AAACUGAGAAAAAAAACAUUUUUUUUUGCCGUCUCAUCAUCUUCUUCUCCCUCUCGCCGCCUCGUCGUACUUGCUGCGCGCAUUCAAUCCCCCUCCCACAAGUUCUGCGGCCCUGCUGCAGCCGCUGCUGCUCUCUGCCUCUCUCGGUCGCGGCUCGCCGUCGCUGGUUCGGCUUCAAAGCCGCCUCCUUCCUUCUCUCGUCGCGUCGAUUCAUGCGGCCGGGCUGCGUCGAUUCAUCAUCCGCCGCCGCUGCCAACGGUGUGCCGUCGCUGCUCUGCGUUGUCGUCGUCCACCAACGCCGCUGCUCCUCCGCCGUGACAAGCCGGCGGCAUCGCCGGCGCCGGGCGAGGCGGUGAGCUUCCCCGCUGCGUGGUCUCGUGCGGCCGCAGUGGAUCUGCCGCGGCGACGUUUUCCGCUCCGUUUUCGUCAGCCUUCGAUCCCCAUCUCCUACCGGUGCGCUUUCGGCGGUGAUUGGGAGUGAUCAGGAUCGUAUUCAGCGCCGUUGUCGGGGAAUCGCAAGGUUCGCUGUCUCUGCCGAGCCGAGAAGAUCCAAUUUCUGAGUGCAGAAUCCCCUCCCGAGCGCGAGGAAUUCGUCGUCGGAGAGGAACAGGUGGAGCACGCGGGCAGUGUUUUGACAGAGAACUUGAUUUUCAACGGAUGAACAUGUGUGAGAAAGAUCAAAAUUUCCACUGGGGUUAUGACCUUUUCCGUGACCCUUUUGCUCCUCUCGGGUACUAUGGACCUCCUAACGGUUACGGCGAUGGCAACUAUUGUGACCUCCAUUAUGCUAGAGAUGCAUCACAUCCAGAUGAGACACAUUUACAUUCUUCUGCACUCACAUAUGAUUUGUACAACCCAUCAGUAGGCAUCUACCAUCCUGGAAAUGCUGGUCAACAUGACCAUGAUGUCUAUAUAGAGCCAACUAAUUCCAAUUCAUGCCCAGAGAGUGACGACUGUUUCCCGAUGGAUGAAGAAGUUGGGAAGAGGUUUUACCCUAUGGUCCCAGUUCCGCAUGUUCCUAAAAUUAAUGGAGAGAUCCCUUCAGUCGAUGAAGCUACCAUGGACCAUGAAAGGCUGACAGAAAGGUUGAAGUUGUACGAACUAGUUGAGCACAAGGUGAAAGGAGAUGGCAACUGUCAGUUCCGUGCGCUAUCAGAUCAACUGUACCAAAGUCCAGAUCACCAUGAGUUUGUGAGGCAGCAGAUUAUUAGCCAGCUUAAAGGUAACCGUGAUGCGUACGAUGGAUACGUGCCCAUGGCAUACGAUGAUUACUUGGAGAAAGUAUCACGAAAUGGUGAAUGGGGUGACCAUGUGACUCUACAGGCUGCUGCUGACAAGUAUGGAGUGAAGAUUUUCGUGAUGACAUCGUUCAAGGAUACGUGCUACAUUGAGAUCCAACCUAAGGUUCAGAAGUCCAACAAAGUGGUGCUGUUGAGCUUCUGGGCGGAGGUUCACUACAACUCCAUAUAUCCGCAGAACGAUGCGCCGAGGUCACAGACAACGAGGAAGAGGAGAUGGUGGCCGUUCUCGCACAACCAUCACCACCACCACCACCAUUGAUGGGUAGGCUGCAGAGCUUUUCUUCCUUGAUCAGGAUGACCCGGAGGGAGAAGCGCUCUUCUGGGGAGGGUUCAUCGUCUUCUUGGUCUGAUGAUGGUAAUCAUCCUCAUCAUCUGAUAGUAGGAGGAGGACAUUGUGAUGAUUAUGGAGAUGAUAUAGAUUCAUGGAAUCCAUGGAAGGAAUAAUAUUGUCCGGUCCGGUCCCAGUAUAUAGCUGCUGAUGAGCUGCAUCAAUUAUCGCCUGUAUUAUUUCCUCAAAUUUUGCCGGAAUGAGCUACAAAAAAUUAUUCAUUCGGAACGAAUGCCACCGUAUAAUCCAAUAAUGAUAAUGAUAAAUCGAUAUACGUACUACAGUUUGUGCUUGGAGCAUCAUCAUCAAGUGACAUGAGAUGACACUGUAUAUAUAUCAAAAGGAAAGGCAUUGUCAGGCAGGCAGAUGCGAAGUGGAGGCCCACUUGUUUUCUGUUGGGCCCAAAGUCCAUUUGGCAUCCCUGUGUUUCUGAACAUGUGUUGCUCUCUGUAUGUAGCAGCAGAGUAGAGCAAAGUCUUGGAUAAUGAAAACUUUAGGAGGCAUAGUUUAGUUUC